UGUGACACUCUUGUUUUCUUGCCCUCGUCGUCGUCGUUGUCGCCAUUUCCCUCUUCGUUGCCAUCAGCAGUCGCCGCCGUCGCUAGGCUCGACGACGGCCUUCUUUCUAUGAAUUUUUGUGCAAACUUGAUUCGCCUUCAUUCUUUAUCCUUGCACUCGUUCAGCAUUAAUACAACAGCUUAGCACGGCAAGUCGAGUUGAGCAGCAACGGGAUGAGCGGUACAGCACAAAUCGGUCGCCUACGGAGUAAACAUACAAGACCUAACUCUGCAGUUUAUAUUGGUUCCGACCCCCUGCAAUUGCAACAAAUUGGUUCUACACCUCCUUCACUUCCAGAUCUACCAGAACCACCCAGCCCAGUCAGCUCUAUCGGAUCAGGGCUACCCUCUCCUCCAGCAACCAACUCAACCGGUAGCGGAAGUACUGGAGACCCUGCAAGUAUUGCUUUAAGAGGUGGAACGAAGGGGAAUAUGCCGCUGCUGGAGGAAAAUUAUGUCAAAGCAUUCCAUGCAGCAUUCGAACAGCAACAGCAGCGUCCGCAGGGACAGCAUCGCUACGAAACGGCCGAUGACGACGACGAUAUUGAUAACCAAACCAACAACAGUAAUGAAUUAUACGCUCAUGAUGACGAUACCGCAAAGUUCCCUCGUUCGCAGAGUAACGCCAAUAACGACAACGCUUUGGCCCUAGAGCGUGUGAAAAGUCUACAGGAGAGGAAUAGGAUGGUUUUGAACAAAUUAUCAUCGUACUCCCGCCUGAGCACUCCGUCUCCAAAUCCUUCCUUGCAAUCCCGUUCAAAAGACACUAUCUCUAGGAUAGAGUCGGCAUCUUCUCAUUCAUCAUCCUCAUCGUCUUCUCGGCCUUCAUUGGCGAGAAAUCAUCGCCAUUCUUACCAACCUGAUACUCAUACUCAAACCACUGCCUCUCCACGCCAAGAUCUUUCAGGUUCUGAAACUGAACGUGAGUCCGUGCGUGGUGGUGGAAAUUCAUAUCACGAGGACGACGACGACGAUGAGUCCGGUUCACCUUCUUCCAUCCUCCUCAACCACACGUCCACUAUAUCCCGGUCCGUUUCGGCGAAGACUCCAGGGAGACCCAUUACACCUUCUCAGUUUACAUUUAAUUCCAAUACCUAUCUCAGUCCUCGAUCUGCUCGCACUAGACUGAUAUCGGCGCCGGCGUCGCCAGGAAAAGCGCUCUCUUCUAUAUCCAGAUCCACUUCUGGGUCUGGCUCAGGGCAGACAGGAUCUCAAUCACCAUUAUCGUCACCUGGUAAACCUCGUAAGAGAGCGUCUAUGGGUCCACCUUCGAUGUCCUAUUCGGUGGAUCUGCGAGGCCGUGAUCAAGAAGACGUGACGAGCGCAGCAUUGGAAGCUGUGGCUAAUUCAAGACGGGGGGUUGGCGGUGGUGGUGGCAGCGUUAAUGCAGCCAAAAGGAGGCAGCCAUUACCAAGGGAGUUCUGGGAGGGGUCGGGGAGGGGAAGAAGAGCAAGUCUGGGUUCAAAUGGACAUGCCGACGACGCUGAGGAAGCAGAUUCACUAUCACAUGAGCGAGAUCCCUCAAUCUCUUCUCAAGCUUCUUCCUCCAGACAUCAGUACCUACAACCACAGACAGAACCACGACCCUCAGCUGCCACAUUGACUCCAGGUGGGCGAAGAAGAUUUCAUAACGGCCGCAACAACAGUUAUCGAAGAACUAGUGGAGCUUGGGCUAGUGAGGAUUUGGGGAACAGGACGAGUGAGUUUGCAAUGGAGGACGAAGGUUUACCUUCACCGGUUGGCAGAAGGCAAGCGCUUCGGCAAGGAGGGAGUGCUGACAGUGUCCUGACCAUUGGUGCUGGUCAGAGGAGUUUGAUUGGGGAAGGGUUGAAGGCGGCUGGUCUCUCCCGAAGAGGUGAUGUGUUUGGGGGAAGUGCGAGGAGUCCCGUGUUUGAGAGAGAACGGGAUACCGAGAGAGAGAGGGAGAGGGAAGAGAGGAUAGAGAGGAUCAGGAGUCAAAGUCGGGCUUCGUCAAGGACUGGACAUGGGAGGGCCGUGACUGCGAUGGCGGAGUAUUCGAACUCUUACGAUGAUGCUGACGAUGAGCCGGAGCCUCGAACCAAUUUGAGGCCCUUCAAGAGUGCGUACCCCUUAGUCGGCAGAGAUAGGGAGAUGGACGACAGGGAUCGGCUAGGGGAGAGAGCGCCUUCUGCGUUGAGCCAGGACAAGUGGGAAAGAGUCAGAGGACCCCAGUUUGCUACACCCACAACGCCGUCUCAAUCCAUCACUAGCCCUAUGGGUACUAGGCGAUUCAACACAAUUUCCUCUACGAUUACCGACAUGAGUCGAAGUGGCACGGAAGGGAGCACCGAUGGGGCCCUCUCCUCACGUAGUAGAGCUGGCGUCGCUAUUGACCGCUCCGACCAUACACGCCUGCUCACUAGUUCUCUUGAACUAUUUGAAAAUGCGCUUUCCAAGAUACCCUCAUCAUCAUCAUCCUCCACUGCCAGCAACACAAGUGAUCUCGUCCGAAAUGCAAGAGUAAUUGUUGGUGCUGUGGAGAAGUUAAAUGGGUUAUUAAAAGCCGGUCAUGGACGUGCUUUGAAUGCCCAGAUUGAUUGUGAAGUCCAAGCCGCUGGAGGCGGUGGUACCGGUAGUAGUGGGAAUGCUGAAGAGAUUUGGAGGCUCGUUGGGGGGGAGUAUCGGGAAGGAUUGCGAGUGUCUGAUGAUUUAGUUCGUGCGGUGACUGACUUCAUGCUGGGUGUUGGAAGAGCUGUGAAGGAUAUGGGAAUUGCGCCUCAUGUGGCGAAUGGUGAAUCCAGUUCGAAUGGGGACAAUCUCCACACGCGCAGUGUGAGUCUGGACGAAGCAGGGGUUGGGAGGAAGGGCAGAGUUAGCUUGAGUCCUGAUGUAACUGGUGGUAGCGGUGGUGCAAGGAGUACGGGAACGGGGAGCGCUACUAGUGGUGGUGCGCGCUCGAGGAGAAGCUGGGAACCGACUCCAGGCAGGGAUACCGAGGCUUUACGACGACUGGCGGUCGGGCAGAGAGCCGAGACAUCGUUGGGCGUCUUGACUAAUGAGAGGAAUCACACGCCACUCAAUCGCACGACAAAGAGAAUUCCUACCCCGACUGAAAACGGAAUACGGGGCUCGAUCAGGCGGUUGCUCACGCCGCGAGAGAUACGUGAACAACAGCUGGUACGAAAUGAAGAUGUACCACGAGGCAUGUCUACGUUCGAUUCCCAAGAAACGGUACACGCCUCAGCGUAUGAACCUUCUCCAACUCCCGCUUCGAGAGCGGCGUCCAGAGCCAAACAGGUGGCGCAAGAAAGAAGUCCACAUCCAGCCCCCGAUCGGUCAAAAACGUUGCCUGCUAUUUCGAUACCACCACCCCUCCCAGUAUUACCAUCUGAAAAUCGACGAACUCCCUCCAGUACUAAUAAAGGUACCCCAGACCCAAAUGCAUCCACAUUAUCCCGGCGCAAAACUACCCAGGCCGUCUCGUCAACAGUUCGCGGGCCUAGUUUUCCUUUAACCACUCCCAAUGUCCCCACGACUGCAGUCACGACAACGCAUGUUUCAGGGUCUCCUGAACAACGAGCGUUUCCCCUUGUACGCGAAAACUCGAAUACAUCAUCCAGCUCUGGAGGAGGACCUCGUUCAUCGGUGACAUUCUCAAGGUUCUCCACGACCUCUGCACUCAGUGGGUUGCAACAGCAACAGCAGCGUGCGGAACAGCAGAGGAACAGGGCAUUCUCAAACUCCAGCGAUGUGAGGGAUGACAGUUUUGACCAUCAUAAUGAAGUCAACUCGCCUGCACAAGUUCCACCUGGUGCAUUAAAGGGGAAAGUCGCAGCAGCGGCAGGGAGGCUUCAACGGGUGAUUUCCACUGGGGGUGGCAGCGAGACGGAGAAGGACGUUUAUCGAAAGAGUGGUGGAACCGUCAAGGAAAAUUCUUCAAGAGCCUCGAGGAUAUCGUUCGAUGAGAGCACCUUCUCUGUGGGAGUGAACCGUAGUGAGACCUCAUCUUCAGCUCAUCCUGCCGACCGAGCGGCGGUGUCGGUCGUGAGUCAGGGAAAAAGAGAGAGACGAAGGACCGUCGUCGAUAUGUGGCCCAGAGGCGGGAGCUAGGGCCAGUUUCUCUUUCGGGUUCUUGGUGUCUUCUUCCCAGCUCUUGGCUUCCUAUCAUUAAUUAAGCUUUUCUCCUUCACACAAAAGGGAGAUUCUCGCGUUUUUAAACCUCUUUUUUUCUUGUUCUCUGUCCUCGAUUUCUUUCCUAUCCAUGUUCCGUGUCCUCUCUCUUUUCUCUUCAGUGUUCCAAUCGGCCGUCUAUUCUCCUCGUCUACUCAUCAGCAAUUGUCCUAUUACGUUGCACGUAUUUAUGGGGCUAUAUCGACCUUCCCUCUUCUCUAUGUAAUUUUCGCUUGCGAUGGACGGUGUGCGAAACCCCCUUGUGUUGUUUUUUGAGCUCCUUUCAUGUUAAUCCGCUCUCUUUCGUCUGCUCGCAUUCAACUGUUUCCCCGUAGAUACAUAGCUGGAUUCUUACCGCCUCGCUUACCCUCCUCUUCUUAUGCCCUUCGUCACUCUGUGCCCUCAAGUUCACUUUACUUGACCGCGAGCAAUUAUCAGUAUGUAUUUAUGUAUUUCCUUCACUAAAGUAGAAUCACUCUAAUAAGAAGGCAGCAUUGUAUGGACCCUG